AUGAAGUUACAGGAGCUGAGUUUAUAUCUUAGCUUUGUCAAGAUCAUUACGACAUUCACCUUUCGACUCGCCAUUCAACGAGUACAAUCCGUCAUCCACAAACAUACCUAUCGAGCAUCACCAAACCCGCGCAAUGUGGUAGUUGUCGGAGGUUCCUUUGCGGGAUCCUAUCUCGUACAACGACUCGCCAACACACUUCCCUCCGGGUAUCGAGUUGUUCUUCUCGAGAAACAGUCUCACUUUAACCAUGCAUUUGCGUUUCCCAGGAACUCGGUCUUUUCGGGGCGAGAGUCAAAGGCAUUUAUUCCGUAUGAUAACAUUGCCGAUGGUGCGCCGGAAGGCAUCUUCCAGCGUGUCUGCGACGAGGCUCUUGAAGUUACGGAUACAGACAUCGAAAUGGCCAGUGGUAAUCGACUGAGCUACGAUUAUCUCGUCAUCGCCACAGGAGCUGCUCAGCCACCACCCGCACGUCUCAAAUCGCGUGAUCGAGAAGGGUGCAUCACGGAACUGCAGGGAUUUCAACAACGAAUCAGCAAGGCCGAGCGCAUCGCGGUUGUUGGCGGGGGUGCAGUGGGCGUUGAGCUUAUCACUGAGAUUAGAGAAAAGUAUCCCGAUAAGCAUUUGACACUCAUACAUUCAAGGGAUCAACUUUUGCCGAGAUUUGGUGCGAAGCUGCAUGAGCUUGUCCUUUCUACUCUCCGCGCCAAGGACAUCGAGGUGCUGUUGAAAGAACGACCUGUUUUGCCGCCUCAGUCUGGUCAGGCUGUGAAGGAAACUCAAAUCGCGCUUUCUAGCGGCGAGAAGAGAAUUUGGGACCUGAUUAUUCCCUGUACUGGCCUGCGACCUCGGUCUGAGCUCCUGGCUGCAUUUUCACCAAAGAGCAUUGCCUCAACCGGCGAAAUACUUGUCAAGCCCACUCUUCAAGUUGCCCAUCUACCAUCUUCCAAAGACAACAUUUUCGCCAUCGGUGACGUGGCUCAGUCCGGAGGUGCCAAACAAGGUCGAGCAGCCUUGAUGCAAUCUGAAGUUGUGACAAGCAACAUUGUCAGCCUGAUAAAGAACAAGACUCGCAUGGAAGAGUACAAGCCGAUUUACUUUGAGGGUGCUUUGAAUCUCACCAUGGGAAAGGAUACUAUGCUAAUGUAUAUACAACGGGGAGACUUUGAGUGGGUUAAGAAGAUGAAAGGGCAUGAAGAUGAGGAUGUUGGUGCGGCAAAGCAGUGGAAGAUGCUUCACGCGAAGGAGAUGGCUUGA